AUUGUGUCCACUGAGAUAAAAAAAACAGGAGUGGGUCACACAGAAUUGCUCUCAUUACAUAAAAAUGGAAUCAAAGGUUUUGGCUGCGUUACUAAUUUUUACUAUAAAUGGAAUCUCGGCACAACUCGUAAAUCCGCAAUGUCUGUUGGACGUGGCGGAAACUUUGAGGCAGGCCUCACAGGAAAGAGCAGAAUGGGCACUGCGAAUGAUUGACGCCACCACAAAAUUCCCGGACGGUAUCAUGGUCGGCAACUUGGACAACAUGGGACACUGGGACGAGUGUCUUGAAGCGGACAGUGGGACGGGAAUAAGCGGAAAGUAUUGCCGCGUUGGAGUUUCUUUCCAAAAUCCAGCAUCUUCCUCCCUUUUUAACAACUCCGCAUUAAAAAAGUUUCAAUCGUUCGGGCAACUAAAAAGUUUACCAGAUGGAGUUUCAUUUUCCCUGCGUGUUGCUCUGUGCCUGCCUAAAUCGUGCGAGCCUGCUGAUUUUGAGAUUAUUUCCUCUCAACUAGUUCCCGUGUUUGAUCCAAACACCCAGGUAUCCACCUCAGUCAACCCUUCUGAAUGUUACACUCUUGAAACCGUGCUGCCCGAGAUUGGUGGCGGAACCAUUGCUGCGAUCGUGGUUUUCUCUCUUUUGAUUGGAUUGGUAUUUGUCGCUACAAUUUUGGAGAACUUCAAAAAAGGUGGUCCUAUUAUCAACGCUCUUAGCGCAAGGACCACUUAUUCACAGCUGGUUAGUGUAAAAGAAGGCGCUUUUGAUUGCGUGAACGGAAUAAAAGUUCUCAGCAUGUUGUGGAUAAUGAUGGGCCAUAGAUAUGAGUUGGGUGUCCUCUCGACCCCUACUUCAAAUAGGAUAUCCAUGUUUGACCUUACACAAGAGCCGCUUUACAUGGCUCUAGGAAACGCAUUCUUAUCAGUGGACACAUUUUUCCUAAUAGGUGGAUUUCUUCUUGCUUUUGGAUUUUUCCGUGACAUGAAAAAAGGAAAUAAAUUUGAUGCCAUAAAAUUUUAUGUUUACCGGUAUUUACGACUUACUGUUCCAAUACUUGUGAUGAUUGUGUUCUACCUCACAAUUCUGAGAUUCAUGGGUGCAGGACCGGUCUGGUACUCUUCAGUAAGUACCAGAUUUGUCGGCACCUGCGAAACCCACUGGUGGGCUGCAAUUACCUACGUUAACAAUUACGUUAGCAUUAUGUCGCAAUGCGUUGAACAAACUUGGUAUACAUCUGUGGACAUGCAACUAGCCUGGCUGUCUCCGUUGCUUUUGCUCCCAAUGCAUUUUUCACCAAGGGCCGGAAAACAGCUUGCGUUUAUAGUGAUUUUAAUUUCGUGCGCCAUCCCCGCUGUACUCACGUAUCUAAAUAACUACCCUUGGUCGGUCAACAUGGUUAAUGCUGACUACUAUGAUGUUCUUGCUUAUACAGUGCAAGUUUAUUUAGCAACUCAUUCACGUGCCUCGCCAUACUUGGUUGGAAUUGUUCUUGGAUACAUUAUGGUUAACUGCCCAAAAAAGAUGUAUUUUAACUGGAAAACAGUCGCUUUGGGAUGGUUAUUGAGUGCUGGGAUUUGUCUGACCGUUGUAUUCACGCUCUCGAUAACCUACAAAUAUGAUUAUGUUUACGAGCCGAUUGCAGCCACAUUUUACGGAGGGCUGCAUCGUCUCGCAUGGGCUAUUGGUCUCUCGUGGGUUAUUUUCGCCUGCACCAAAGGAAUAGGCGGCCCUGUUAACUCCAUUCUAUCGUGGCGGUUUUUCAGCAUUCUCAGUCCGUUGAUUUAUGGUGUUUAUCUGGUGCAUUUCAUGGUCAUCGGAGUCCAAGUCGGAGCCAAAAAGCAGCCAGACUAUGCAAGUCACUAUGACGUGAUUCAUAACUUUUUUGGAGACAUUCCAUUUUCAUUUGCUGGAGGCAGCGUGAUUUAUUUUGUGGUCGAAGCGCCUCUGAUGGUUUUUCUCAGGCAGAUAUUCAAAAAGCAAAAACCAACAGUGAAUGGAAAGUCGGCCGAGAAAAAGGAAAAAGUCGAAAACAGAGGCUGAGCUAGCCGAGUCUGUCAUAAUUUGUAAUUAGAUUUUAAUGCACAUCCAGCAAGCCGAAAGAGCUAAUAAUGAAAAUCAACCGUACGGAAAUAAAGCGAUUACUUCCACUUUCUUAAGCGGCGCUCUUGAUUGAACAGUCUAGCUGCGUAAUGCGAGUAAUAGUGUUUACCCUCUCGCUCGCACUGCACGGGGUGUAUUUGCUCUGGCUGAUAUAUUACUCUCAUCACAAAUCUGCUCUUGUGUAUUCAGGAAUUGGAAACCGACGCAUCGUCUCGUCGUCAAACACGAAAAGAUACGUGUCGCUCGGCAAGAGCUUUGACAUUUCGGUCCCCGAUUUUAAUUCCGCCCUACACUUAGUUAGGCUAAUGAAUUGCAGAGGGUUGCCUAAAAUUCAAUCAGCUGGUAAGGCAGUGCGCGCGUGUAAUUCAUCAUCGGAGCAAAGGCUUAGUCGCUAAGCCGUGUGUUGAAACAGGGCGCUAACUAAGCUCGCAGAACAACCAGGUGUUUCACGCGCACACGUCUACUCUCGGGGACAACGUUUUGCACCCAGCUUGAUACAAUUUUGUAUAUGUAUAUGCAAUGAUGCAAAAGAAA